AUGUCACACAACGCACCUACCCGGCUGCGCCUCUCUCAGAUGACGUCCGGCCCAUCCGCCCCAGAUCGAACCAUGUCCCACACUCCUACAAACGCUCAGGCAUGGCACUGCCACUUCCGGCAAGCCCAACCACGCCGCCCGCUCCGGCUCCUGUCCCAUUCCAACCCUCCAAGAGGGCCAAAGUGCAACUCUGGCGCCCCAUCCUAUCACUCUUCCCAGCUUCACUGCACCCAUCAAUACAUCGAUUACUGCCCUCCCUGGGCCUCCCCAUGCACCCAUCCCACCCACGCCCGCAGCCACCACCCCCUCACCCACGCGACCAGUCCCCCCUCAGUCUGCGCAACACCUCCCGAAGCCGUUGUCACCCCGCACACACAUCCAGCUCCCUCUUCCAGACGUCCCACCUCCUCUACCCUCCAGCCCAAGACGGCCCUUGCCUCCGAACCUGGCGACUCGUGCCCCACUACUACUACCCCGUCACCAACCCUGGACCCCCCACGCAUCACGCUCUGGUCCACCACGUAUCCUUCCCACACCAACUAUCUCCCUCCCAGUCAAGAAACAUCACACAUCCCCAUCACACUCACCCACCGCGAUAUCCCACUCCCCACCAUCUACCAAGCGGCACCACGACAUGCGCUACCCGCCCAUCCCACAAUACGAACCACCCUUAAAUUCCCGGGUAUCCGAAACCUCCACGACGAAGGCCAGCCGAUCAUGUAUCGCACCAUGCAACGAUACUGGGAACGCGAGGCACACCUUUUCCAAGGAUUCAAUGCCGACCAUAUUGCAGAUGUGGAGCGCCACUUUGCCGAUGCCAAAAUCCGUAUCCAGUUCUCAAUCAACCCAUGGCUACAGCCUCCGGACGAAACACUCAGCAUACUCAACUACCGUCGUGAGAUCGAGGAUAUCUGUCAGGAACGCUACGGCCAUACCUUCCUUGGCGGCAUGGGCAGAUACCUCUUCCUUCGAGACAUCUCCGUGGUAAUGGUAUACCAAUACGCUGGUGUGCUCGAUAACGGCCUCUCCUUCCACCAGCUCGAAUACCGCAAUCCAUCCAAAAUCACCCCCGGGGACCUCAUGUGCCAAUGCCUCUUCCGCCUCGUCUUUCCCAGCCAACGCAUGGCGGAAACCGUAUACGCCAAGUUUCGCCGACACGUAGCACUGACCAACUACGCCCACCUCAUUAUUCCCAACUCCUGGGAACUUCGUGACGACCACGACAAGCCAGUCACCGGCGCAACGGCCCCCUGGCUUGAAGCCAUAUGCGGUAGGCGAAACUGGCCCUCUACGCAAGCCUGCAAACCGGACGCCCGCCGCACAAUCCAGUCAUCCCGCCUCAACACUGGGGACCUCUGCAAUUGGGACCUCCCUGCCCUCUCCUUCUACUGGCGUGCCAUAUGCUACACCCUCCACGCUAAUGUACGCAAACACCGCAUUCAAAAGACCUGGGUCGCCCACUGCCGUACAUGCCCGGACUCCCUCGACACGCAGGAACACCGCUUCGGACUUACGCACCCUCAUCGCCCCGGGUCGGGCUCCCUCACACACGACCUCCUCCUCGCCACCCAGGCCCGUCACCCCCAAAGCUUGGCUCCCUAA